UUUUUUUGUUCAAAAUGAUAAAGGAAAGAAAAUGGAAAUAGGACAUUUAUCAUGGAGUGUUUAGCUCUUAGAGAUGCUUUACAAUGGUGCUUAUCACAUGGUUUUGCUGCUGUCAAAUUGCAUGGGGAUUCUCAACAAUUGAUGCAACGGAUGGUGCGGCGGGAUUUCACACAUGAUCGGUGCGGAGCGAUACUUGAAGACGCGAGGGAGUUGGCUUCUCAAUUCAACUUCAUUUUGUUUUGUUUUGUCUCUCGUCGACUUAAUAGGGCCGCCCAUCUUGUGGCACAAAAAGCCCUUUCAUCGGGAGUUCGACGAUUAGUCGACUCCCGCGCUCUUCUUUCUGCUAUGUAUAACUAAAUUGUUACCGCUAUCUUUGACAAAAAAAAAAAAGAAAAUGGAAAUAGGUGUAAAUUAAAAAAAUAAUUGAAAUUUGUUGAGUUGGCAGUGACAUGGCGCGUUGACCGUUAGUCAACGCGUUUGACCGUCCAAGUUAACGGUCAAAAGUCGGAUCUGGCCAGGAUGUUAUAAGUCGAAAAAAUUGGCCAGAAUGUUUAUUUUGGUCAAAGUUCAAGCCAUAUAAAAAUAUUAACCCUUUAUUUUAUCUUAGAUGUUAUUUGAUAAAUUUGAAUCCGAGAAUUUUAGGGUCUCUUGAAUAAAUUGAAAUUGCGAUUGUAUAAAUAUGAUCAUUAUGGUGGUGGUUAAGUAUUUUUAUAUACAUAACAUAAAAUUGUUGUGUAUAUUCAACAUUUUCUUUAUGCACGAUUUUCAUUUGUUUUUGGUAAAUUUUAUUAUGGUGUUAGUGAUGUUUAUAUAUCCGAACUAUUUGUCCUUCGUGACGUCAUGAGAUGGUGUUUUACUCACAAUGUAUUGGUUGUUAAUUUUUGUGGAGAUUCUCAACUGGUCACCAUGGAUGCUACAUCGAGGAAGUCUUCUCAUCUUAGCGAAGAUGUCAUCUUAGAGGAAGUUCACUCUUUUAUUGUCCUAUGUUUUAGUUUCUGUGUCUUUUUGUUUCUAAGAUGUUUAACAAAGCUAUUCACCUAUUGACAAAACAUGUUCUUUCAUUAGGUGUUCAAUUGUGUAGUGAGAUCAAUUCUUAGUUAUUGACAGUAUUGUACAUUUAUUAUCGGGCCAUGUUGGAGAUCAAUUCUUAGUUAUCUUUGAUUAAAAAACAACUCUAGGAUAUAGAGAAGAACCAAUGUCACGAAUCUUGAAUCCGUGAUCAUAUUUUUGAAAGGAUAAAAGAAAUUAGUUGUAAGUAUGUCGGAAUGAAUUAUAGCGGACAAGUGAGCACAUAAUUAAGAAGAGCUCGAUUACUACUUCGAUGACGACAAAUUAUUGAAGAGGUCUUUCUUUAAUUGUGCUCUUUGGGUAUGUAUUGUACUAUGCUCUUGAAUCUGCAGGAGGAUGCGACAGCGCUUGGUUGCAACUUGUCACCAAUUCUAUUUAUGGCUUUCCUUCUGGUAAUUAUUAAAAGAGGGAACGACUACGGUGCUAAUUGUACAAUAGUUAGCACCGUCCUAACCAAGGGAAAAACUACUACUAGUUUGAAUUAGUAGUGAUUUAACUUAGAUGUUGUAUUGAUUUUAUAAUAAUCCGUAGUGAUUUUUGCUAGUUAUCACGGUGCUAACCCCUAUAAGGGUUAGCACCUAAUCCCAUCCCAUUAAAAGACUGCAUAAUUCAGUUUUUUCCUGAAAAUCAGGACUUAGCAUUAACUAUAUUUUAUUACCCUAUUCACCAUAUUUCAGCCUAUGGACUAUGGAGGGUUGGUCAGUCAAAGUUAUGGAGUCAAAUUAUUGGUUGUCACGCGUUUUUUCUACGUACGAUUUAUCAUGUAUAAUUUAUUUAUAGGGGUGAUAUUGACUUAUUUUAUUACUAUAUGGUACUUAAGGAAUUUACAUUUGAAAUCUUAUGGGUCUCUUGCAUAAAUUGGAAUUGUGAUUGUACAAACACAACAAGGAUUGUAGUAAUUUGAUAUUUAUCAAGGGUUAAGAUACUGUACCGUACCGACGAUCCGACUUGAAAAACCUUUUAUCGGAAGCAAAAUCGGUAGGCGGUAAUUAGCGGUAUAAUACGAUUGAACCACGAUUAAACCACGGUUUUAGCAUAAAGUACCCUACCACUCACUUUUCCGUUACGACCUCCGGUAUGGUAUUUCAAUCCUUGAUAUUUAUAUGUCCUUAAAAUUAUUAUAUAUCUCGAUAAUAUAUAACUAAUUAACUAUAUUCCUAUAGUUCAACAAGUUUAGAAUAUACGGGAAUGACGGUCCCUUUCUCAUGGAACUUCUUGCUUUACGUGAUGCUAUAAAUUGGUGUUUAAUAUGCAUGGAUUUUUUGUGGUAAGUUUUUGUGGAGGCUCACUGGUGUUGGUUCGACGUGUCUUGAACAAGGACGUCGCACAUGACGUAGGUGGAGCUGUUUUGGAGAAAGUGCGGUCUUACAUGCCUCAAUUUACUAUCUUUCAAUGUACUUAAUAUAUUUCUCGUCGAUUCAACAAAGUUGCUCAUUCAGUGGCACAAUCGACUCUUUCAUCGACCGUGGCUACUGGUCGACUGCCAUGUCUGAUUUCUCAACUCUUUGUGACUAUCUAUUUUUAACAACCUCUAUUUAUGAAGGGGAACACAUCUUCAAAAUGUAUAUAUAAAAGAAUCAACGUACCGCUCCCUUGAUAUUUAUAUGUGAUUUUCGAAAAGAUAAAUAAUUGUUUUUAAACAUGUUAAAAUGAAUUCUAUUUCUAGCUGACAAGUGACCUCUCACGAGACCGGUUACAUAGGAAUUAGGAAGAGCUCGAGGACGACAACGCAUUAAAGAAAGACUUCAUAUCAGUCUUCUUUAAUUGUGGUACCUUGGUUUGUAUUAUACUAUUAUUAUGCUGUUGAAUUGAAUCUGCCGUAGGAUGCGACAAAGCUUGGUUACAACUUGUCCACCAAUUCCAUUAAUUAAGGCUUUCCUUCUGAUAAUAAUUAUUAAAAGACUACUGAAUUUAUUUUCUCUUCAAUUGACUCGAAUUUUGUUAACAAGUGUUGGGUAUGUUUAGAAGGGCAUUUAAUAGGAAACCCAAGUUUGGUAAGGACGAAGGGCUGUCUUACGUAUUCUAGCGGGCCACAAAAGUGUUCGGGCCUGAUAGGAGUCCACAGUUGGUGCCACGACAGAGCGCGUAACGAGUUAACGACAAUGUGGACCUUUAUCCUUUGGGCUGAUCCAUACGCCAAUGUGGACAUUUGUCCUUUGGGCUUACCCAACAGGUAGUUUCCGGUUUGGGUUUCGGCGUCGGCGACUUUACUCCCGGUACCCGGGGAAGUGGAACUGAGCAUCGGAUUCCUGAUUUUACAAAUCAACCGUCGCCGGGCGUUUCUAAUAAUUAGAGUAGCCAAGCCGACUUGAACAACGAUUCUUGCAGCUCAAUUAUUUGGGGCCGGUUUGCCUUGUCAGUUUCAGAAAAUGGUAAUUUGUCUUCAAUUUUAGGUUUUCACUCAAUCCUGAAGUUGCUUUGCUUUUCAUUAGCGUUUAGUUGCAGUACUGUUUGUUUGUAUAAAAAAUCAUUUAAAAGUAAGGACAAUCGAGUCACUAAAACGUUAUAUAUUAUAUCCAUUUCCAAUCCUAUGAUGUAGGGACAUAUUUGAUAGUGAAAUUCUACGAGGAAAAUAAUGAUUUUUAUUCUAGGCGUGACAAGUUCCAUAACUUUGCAAUAGAUGCUUGGAAGAUCCCUUUUCUCUACAUAACACAGAUACUUUUGUAUUUUUACAUUACAUACGUAUUACUCUCGAUCUAAAACCACCGUAAGAAUCAAAAUUAUUGAAUCCGACUAUUAUCCAUGCGGGAUGGAUCUAUACGUAUAUUAAAGAUAUCCAUCGAGCACCCAAGUUCAUUCCUAAUUAUUAAUUAAGAUAUUAAACGUUUUAUUAUCAUAAUUGUAAUGGAAUCUGAAUGUAAUAAGAACAAAGGAAUCAUUAUUUCUUUCUCUCAAUUUAAUUUGAGUGACGGAAUUUUUGUUCCAUAAAAAGAAAAAGCGAUUGGCUGGCUGUCCCAUUCUCGAAUUUUCAAAAUGAUUUUUGUGGAUAGCAGGCAAAGAUACAGUGUUACGAAAUUUGUUCUAACGUCGAAUCCAGUGUUUAAUAAUUAUUACUCACAAAAAAAAAACCCCCAUAUAAGGAAAAAAGAGGUCGAAAUUUUUACAAGGAAAGGGUCCAAAUUCCCUGAAUUCUGAAAUCCCAAACGACACACACCAUCCUACGAAGCGAAGCGACGCAAGGUGAAACGUCUCAACGAAGCAACAGACAGCUCAAGAAGAGCUAUAGAGAGAGAAGAAACAGAUAACUCUUGUUGUUGGUGUUCCUGCUGCCAUGCCUGCAAUCCAUCUCUCCUCCAUUUCCGUUUUCGGCAAAAAGGCUCCCCAGAAAUUCCCGCUUCUCUCCGCUUGAUUUCUAGGGUUUUCUCCCCCCCACUUUCUUCCUUGUCUCUCGGUUUCUCCUUCCGUGGAUUCCGGAAAAGGGAGCCUCUCAACUCAAGCGGUGCCUCUGCUCUGUUCCAUUCCAUUCCCCCCCUGCUUCUCCAUCACUCCGUGGAGAAAUGGUGUUACCUCGCUCAAUUGUUUGCUCCCUGUAAGCUUGUCGGUGAAUUGCUUGCUCAGGUUUGCCCGUGCUUCUCUGAAUCUAAAUUCUCUGCAAAUUCAAUGCUGCCCGAAACGUUGCCAUGAUAGCUCCCUUGAGGUGUUGAUAAAGCUUCCGCCGGCUGAAUUUUGUUUAGUUUCCUCUCAUUUGUGGUGGUUUCAUUGAGGGGACGGGGGAGCUGGUGUAGCCGAGGAGGGCUGAUGGCUGUUGAAUUCUCCUUGCUGUAGUAUUUUCUGUUCCUUUUCACCGCCUCUGGAGUAGCAUUUACUGACAAUUGAUUGAAUCUGGACUAGGAAUUUGAUGAAGUGAUUGAAGUGUAUGCGGUGUGGUAGACUGUUGAUUAAAUAGAUCGGUUGGCGAUGGACGGAGAGCUGGGGAAUGAGUUGGCGCCAGGUGGGUUGGUGGAGGAGUUGCAUUUCCGUGGUAAGGAGAGCGAGUAUCCCUCGAGACAGCCUGAAGCCUCCAAUGUGGUGCUGGAGCAGUCAGAGGAGGCUGUUCGUGGUGAGAAUGACUAUCUGAAUAGUUCGUUUGAAGCGAUUUCUGAUAUAUUGGAGGGCAGGACUUCCAGUGCAAACUUGGGACUGGAGGAUCCUACUGAGCAGCCUUGUGCAAGGCCUCGAUAUAUAGAUGACGCAGGGAACAUGGUGGAGGAGUUGAUGGUGAAGAACUAUGAUGGUUCUAACUUGGCCAUAGUUGGCACAUCAAACCACAGGGAGAAAAUGGAGUCCAGGUGGAGUCAGUGGCAGCAGCCUUAUCAUCCUGGAGUGGGGCCGGGAAGUGGGAGUUCUCGCAGCAGUGUUUGGCAUAGGGGAGAUCAUCAGGCAGUGAGCCUGUGUGAGAAUAAUGCUACACAGAAUGUAUUGUCUUCUGAGUUUACGGGUAAGGGAAUUUCAACUGAUUUCUCCAAUGAGGCUGCCGGACAACUAGCAGAUGCUAAACAUACUAAGGUUAGCGAUAUGGUUUCCCGUGGUGGUAUACGGACAAAGAUUCUAUCAAAGUCAGGGUUUGCUGACUUUUUCAUAAAGAGUACUCUGAAGGGUAAGGGGGUUGUUUUCAGAGGCUCUUCUCAAAAUGUUGUGAGACCUGAGCCAGUGGAUCAGGACAACAGAAAGACUUCAACAGUUAAGUUGGCAACUACUAGUGCUUCAACGAGUAUGGGCGAUAAACCUGUAAUGGCUUCACCCUCCUUUGGUGUUGUCAGGCCAAGGCAUAGCAGCAUUGACGGUCAUGGAGUCAGUUUGAGGGAAUGGCUAAAUGUUGGACGCCAUGGGGUAGAUAAAGGUGAAUGCUUUCAUAUCUUUAGGCAGAUUGUGGAUCUGGUGGAUAGCUACCAUUCGGAAGGAGUUGUCUUGUGUCAGUUAAGACCCUCUUGCUUCAAGCUGUUGCCAACUAAGCUGGUAAGAUACCUGGGAUCAGUUGACAAAAGAAGUGACCUAGGAAGUGGAAUGGAUCAGGAUGUGCCUUGUUCAGAUAAUCAUGAGAGUAAAAGGAGGCUAAUAAAUCAUGGAAUGUUUUCAUCUACUGGUUUGCAUGCUAAGAAACAAAAAUUAAGUGAGAACAUGAAGGCUGGUAAUAGGUGGCCUCAACUAAGUUCAAAAUGUGGCAUCAAACUUAAAACUGGAGAAGUUGGCUUAUCAAGCAUUCAGCAGUCCCCUUAUGAGCCUUCUGGAUGCAAUCCGAAUGCAGGAGAUGGAUCUAAGAGCAAUAUUAGCUUCCCUUGGCUAUCUAAUGCAGUACAACAACAACCGUUAAAAUGUGGCACUGACCCACUGGAAGCGAAGUGGUAUGCGAGUCCUGAGGAGCUGAGUGAAGGAAUCUGCACGAUGUCAUCAAAUAUUUAUGCUUUGGGUGUACUGCUGUUUGAGUUGCUUAGUCGUUUUGACUCUGAAGGAGCGCGUGGAGUGGCCAUGUUGGACUUGUGUAACAGGAUUCUUCCUCCUCAUUUUCUGUCCGAGAAUCUGAAGGAAGCUGGAUUUUGUCUUCUGCUACUUCAUCCUGAACCUUCCUCACGCCCAACGACAAGGGAGAUUUUGCAAUCUGAUGUAAUUAAUGGAUUUCCGGAUGCGUCUGUAGAAGAAUUGUCAUCCUCCAUUGAAAAAGAUGAUUCCGAAUCAGAACUAUUGUCAUAUUUUCUUGUAUCACUCAGAGGGAAUAAGCAGAGUAAUGCCUCCAAGUUAUUAAACGAUAUUAGGUUCCUAGAAGCAGAUAUUAAGGAGAUUGAGAAGCGGAAUUGCUCAGAGAGAUCAGCAACACUGGGUCACUUCCAUAAUGCAAAGGAACACACUUUCCAGCAAAAUGACAGUUUAAGUGCUGAAAGAAUCGCUCCAAUGUUCUCUAAUCCUGAUACAAAAGAGAUGAGGUUGAUGAGAAAUAUCAGUCAGCUUGAGAGUGCUUAUUUCUCCAUGAGAGGCAAAGUCCAAGUCCCCGAGGCUCAUGCUACAUUACGCCAAGACAAGAGUUUGUUGAGAAACCGUGAAAACUGGCAAUCAGAAGAUGCUGACGAAAAAUACAACCCAUCUGAUUGCCUUGGGGAAUUCUUUGAUGGUCUUUGCAAAUAUGCUCGAUAUAGCAAGUUUCAAGUCCGUGGAUCAUUAAGAACUGGGGAGUUCAACAAUUCUGCUAAUGUGAUAUGCUCUUUAAGUUUUGACCGGGACAUGGACUAUUUUGCUGCUGCUGGUGUUUCCAAAAAAAUAAAGAUAUAUGAGUUUAAUUCGCUCUUCAAUGAUUCUGUUGAUAUUCAUUAUCCGGCCGUUGAAAUGACAAACAAAUCAAAGCUCAGCUGCAUCUGUUGGAACGGAUACAUCAAGAAUUAUCUGGCUUCGACCGACUAUGACGGUGUGGUGAAGCUAUGGGAUGCAAGCACUGGUCAGGGGGUUUCUCAAUAUAAUGAACAUCAAAGGAGGGCUUGGUCUGUUGACUUUUCUCCAGUAUGUCCAACAAAAUUAGCUACUGGAAGUGAUGAUUGUACAGUGAAAUUGUGGAGCAUAAAUGAGAAAAAUAGUUUAAGUACGAUCAAGAACAUCGCCAAUGUCUGCUGUGUUCAGUUCUCCUCCCACUCCACUCAUUUGCUGGCUUUUGGAUCUGCGGAUUUCAGAACCUACUGCUAUGAUAUCCGAAAUGUUAGAAUGCCCUGGUGUAUAUUAAACGGCCACGAGAAAGCAGUGAGCUAUGUAAAAUUUGUGGAUGCAGAGACUAUUGUUACUGCAUCAACUGACAACUCACUGAAGGUAUGGGAUCUCAAAAAGACCAAUAGCAGUGGCCUAUCCAUGAACGCUUGCAACUUAACUCUUCGAGGGCAUACAAAUGAGAAGAAUUUUGUUGGCUUAUCGGCUUCGGAUGGUUACAUCUCAUGUGGUUCAGAAACAAACGAGGUUUAUGCUUACCAUCGAUCUCUACCCAUGCCGAUGGCAUCUCACAAGUUUGGUUCAAUGGAUCCUAUAUCGGGGAAAGAGACAGAUGAUGACAAUGGACAGUUUGUUUCUAGUGUCUGCUGGAGGGGGAACUCAGACAUGGUCUUAGCCGCCAAUUCGAGUGGCUGCAUUAAAGUAUUGCAAAUAGCUUAAAGAGAUGACUGCCAAAAGUCUUUCCCCUACUGGCUUCCUUAUUGUUCAACAAGUUCAAUAAUAUCCUUCGGAGGCCCGAUCAGCAGCUCGAAAUCGGUCAACGUUUGCAUUAUCCUCCUUUUGUCUGUCUUCAACCAAGGCCCCCUCCAACAUCUACAGAUCUUUGAACUUAUCAUUAUUGGUACACACAUAACAGAUGAUUAAAGGUUUUCCCGCUCCAUUAUGAACAUAAUAAACGCAGGCAUAUGUAGCUGUAUCUGGGUAAAACAAGGGAAUCUGGUUGAAGAUGAGGAAUCUGCAGAGCAUUGGGGAGAAAGUUGGUUGCAUAAUGCAUACAGCCUCAGUAUAUAAUGCUGGAUCAAAAUGGCAGAAUUGAAAUGAGCCCUGUAUUGAGUUUGUAACUAAAAGAAUGUGGAUAGU